UCCAAAAGCUUGCUAACAGUGACGGCAGCGGUCGUCUUUUUGCUCACGAACAAACUUUUCGAGGCAAAAGUCAAGAAACAUGGCUCGCUAACAGCUAGCCGCUCGGCUAACGUUGCCGUCAGUUGACAGCUCGUUACCACUCAGCCUGUCCGGGAGCCGCCUGACAACCGCUCACAUGAUUUUCACUACUGCGACCAGACGGAUGACUUCAUACAACAGGAAACAGAUUUUCUUAACGUGUUUGUGUUUGUGUGUGUAGUUUGGAUCACCGGAGUGCCACUUUAGGGGCUUGUUAAACAGCAAGGCACAACAACAACAACAACAACAACAACAUGUUUGGUAAGAAGAAGAGAGCACCGCAGCCCAAAGGCCAGGGCGCUGCUGCAGCCAAGCAGAUGGGUCUGUUCGUAGACCUGGACCCUGAGGAGAUGAUGAUGGGAAUGGAGGGGAACCUGGACGACCCAGACUUGGAGGCUGAACUUGCUGCUAUUACUGGAAAUAAAGCUGCUGCUGGAGGAAGAGCCAAGCAGAAGGGGAAAAGCCCGCUGCCCAUGGAAGACAUCGCAAGAAUGGCUGACGAGUGCAUGAGAGAUGUGGACGAGGGUGAAGACGACAGUAACCUGGAAGACGAUGAAGAUCUCUUGGCUGAGCUACAGGAAGUGGUGGGUGAGGGGGAAGCUGAGGAUGCUGUAACCGUUUCCUCCUCCUCCUCUGCACCCGCUGAAUCUUCUCCGGCUGAAACACCAGCGUCCCCACAACCGCAGGUGAAGGAGCAGCAGGAGGUGAAGGUCUCCUCGGCGGCGCCCGGCAGCCUCCAACACACCCUGGAGGAGAGAGUAGCCAUGUACAAGACGGCCUUACAAAACGCCAAGGCUGCAGGGGAAACGUCCAAAGCCCGGAGAUACGAUCGCGGUCUGAAGAACCUGGAGACGAUGUUAGCUGCUGUGAAAAAAGGGAGACCAGUGAACGAGGCGGAGAUCCCUCCUCCUGUUGCCACCGGAGCCUCGAGCGCCGCCCCGCGUCCUGCUGUUCCCCAGCGACCGGCUCCCCCCGUACCCCCACCUCCUGAAUCCACUUCUUCAGAUCAGCAGGGGCAGCCGGCGCCAGAGAUCAUCACCCCCAGCAGCGAAGAAGAGCAGUCAUCCUCCUCCACGCCGCCCACUCUGAACAGCGUCCCGUCUCCGGAGGAGCCGACGCAACCCGCCGCCCAGCCUCAGACACCUGCGAACGAAGCAACAAGGACAAUGCUUCUGAAGAGACAGAAAGAAUUCAAGAUGGCAGCUCUGAGAGCCAAGAAGCAGGGAGACGUGGAGCAAGCCAGGAUUUACCUCAAGACCUUUAAGAGUUUUGACGCGGUGCUCGAGGCGUUGGAGAAGGGACAAGCUGUCGACCUGAGUGGCCUUCCUCCAUCACCAGGACAAGGAGGAAGCUCUGUGCCGGUGAAGGAACUUCCCUCUGGGAAAAACAAAGAGGUCACCCAGCCGGCUGCAGCGGCUUCAGCCCCAGCCCCCCCGUCAGCUCCCAAAGACGUGCUGGAGGCUCUCGAGCAGAGACGAGCCAAAUAUGUGGAGGCGUCCAAUCAGGCCAAAGCCAGCGGAGACGACCGCAAGGCCCGAAUGCACGACCGCAUCGCCAAGCAAUACCAGAACGCCAUCCGGACUCACAAAGCAGGAAAAGCAGUCAACUUUGAGGAGCUGCCCGUCCCCCCUGGUUUUCCUCCGAUCCCGGGCCAGAAGGCGACAGGAGCUGAGCAGGGAUUCGUCGCUGCUCUGGUGGCAGCCGAUAAGCUUGCCUCCACUGACACCGUGGAAAUAGCAGAUGAAGAAGAAGAUGAAGAGAAGAAGGAGGAGCCAAAGCCUGCUGAAGAGCCGAAGAAGCCCGCGUUAAAGGUCCCCACUGCGGCUCAAGGACGGAAAAGAACUCCGUCAGCUUCACCUGACAGAGCAGCCGGCAGCGAUGGACUCUUGCCGGCAGCUCAGCAGCUGGAGUUCCUGGAGGGCAGGAAGAAGCAGUACAUGAAGGCCGCUCUGCAGGCAAAGCAGAAGAAGGACCUGGAGCAGGCCAAGGUGUUCCUCCGCACCGCCAAGGGCUUCGACCCCAUGAUCGAGGCAGCACGCAGCGGCAGAACUGUGGACAUCAGCACGGUGCCGUCGCCCCCUGGUGACGAAGAAGACGACUUCAUCCUGGUUCAUCACAGGGACGUGCAGAUCUCAGAGAAAGCAGAGCAGGUUUACGCACAGCUGGCCAAGAUCCUCAAAGAGCAGCACGAGAAAUGCAUGACUCACUCCAAGCAGUUCACACACCUGGGGAACGUCAGUGAAACAACAAAGUUUGAGAAGAUGGCGGAGGGCUGUAAGAAGAGCCUGGAGGUCCUGAAGCUGGCUCAGUCGAGAGGUCUGCCUCCUCCCAAACAUCACUUUGAGGAGAGGUCGUUUCACACUGUCAGGAUAUUCCCCGAGCUGAGCAGCACCGACAUGGUCGUCGUUAUCGUCAAAGGGAUGAAUCUUCCUGCUCCUAGUGGAAUCCAAGCCAACGAUCUGGACGCCUACGUCAAGUUUGACUUCCCCUACCCGAGCGCGGAGCAGCCGCAGAAACACAAAACGGCCGUCAUCAAGAACACUAACUGCCCAGAAUAUAACCAGAGCUUCACGCUGUCAAUCAACCGUAACCACCGCGGCUUCAGGCGGGUGGUGGCGUCUAAAGGCAUCAAACUGGAGCUGCUGCACAAAGGCGGUUUCUUGCGGAGCGACAAGCCGAUCGGGACGGCCCUCCUGAAGCUGGACAAACUGGAGACACGGAGCGAAAUCAGGGAGAUCGUAGAGGUGAUGGACGGUCGUAAGCCCACGGGAGGUCGCGUUGAAGCGAAGGUCCGUCUGCGGGAGCCUCUGAGCGGACAGGACAUGCAGACGAGCACUGAGCGCUGGCUGGUGAUCGACCAAUCGCAGGUUCUCCUUUAGAUACGGCUGCAAGCUGAAGGAUGAUUCACAGAAUAAGGAUUAAAGGCACUCAGUCAAAAUUACUCAGAGGAGGAGGAGGAGGAGGAGGAGGGAGGGUUAUUCAAAACUGGACUCAGACCCGCACGGGUUUUUGAGUUGUUGGAACUUUUGCACAUUUGCGAGACACACAAGAGCUCCCUUUCAUACUGCAGUCCACCAGGAGGAGACACUGAGCUGGUUUGCGGUAGGUCAGCUGGUCUCGAUCUGAAGACACCAGCUGAUGGAAUAUUUAUCAUGAAUCCCACAGAUCGUUUGCCGGGUGAAUGCGUCGGACAGGCAGGGUGAAGGCUCCUUGUGAGAUUUAAAUCACAGAUGAUCACAGAAAGUCCCCUGCUGCAUCACUCAGUCUCCUGGAGGACGGCAGGAAGCGUCUCCUCUGCUGACGUUGAAAGGUCUUGGUGUCGAGCUAACCUGAUCCUGCUGCCCAACGUGACUCUAGUUAAUAUAUAUAUCAAGGAAUGUGUACAUGUUCCUCAUAUUACACAGCUCUGGUAUCUAGAACUGCACCUAUGCACUAAUACCAAAGUAAUCACUGUUGCUGUAAAAUCCUGCAUAUUUGAAGUAGCCUCCAUCUACCAAUCCCUGUUCCGAUUACACGAGAGGACACAGGCUGGUUUUUAUCUUCCCCCCCUCACAAUUCAUCAGGUUUUGAGAUUGCAGGCAGAUGCAGCAUCCUCUCAGAUGUUAUACAGGAGAAAGCCAAGAAAUUAUACAACACAAGGCACUAUGAUAUGAUUAUUGUGAAGACCACGCUCCCUUUUUGGCACCUUUGACUUUAAUAUGUGCUCUAACUGGGGUCACUUACCUGCACCUCUCACUUACCUGUGGCUUCAGGCGGGUUAGGUUUAUAUUUGUCCUGUUUACACUCAAUAGCACAGAAUCACAACUGAUGUUUAAGUUGCAGUCUAAAAAGCUAAAUAUUACUUUUAUAAGGCAAAAAUGAAUGAUUGCACAGAUUGGAAAGUAGCUUAAAAAGUCACCUUUAGGUAAACAUUGGAUGACUAAACUUUAAUGGCAUCCUAUAGAGAUUUUAGAAACGGUGUGGAAAUCUGUGUCAUUUGCUUUUUGCAGAGUUUGAUUGUGAGAAGAUCGACGCUGCUCUCAUGUCUGCGUGUUAAAUGUGAAGCUAAAGCCAGGACACCAUUAGCUUAGCUUAGCAUAAUUACAAGAAGCAGAGGGAAACUGAUAGCUUCAAGAUUACACCUUCCAUACAGCUGUUACAGCUGUAGAGGUGUUGGCAGGCAUGUUAUUGUAAACAGAGUCUUGCUAGCUUCCAGUCGUCAUGCUAAGCUAAGCUAAGCUAAGCUAAUUGCCUCCUGCUCAGCAUUUAACACACAAACAAGAGUGGUAGCGAUCCUCUCGUCGAACGCUCGACAAGAACGUGAGUAAGUAUAUUUCCCCAAAAGUCGAAUAAAUGUGUCUACUAUAUAAAACUAUGCAUCAGAUCCCUCAUGCAGCAUUUAAAAUUCUUCAUUCCUUUUUUAAAAGGCCAGUUCACCUAAAUGCUAGAAAAUUUAUAUUCUCGUAUCCACUGCCACAAACACCCAUGUAAGCUGAAUUUGUGUGAAGUCCUUAACAACAAUACUGAGAUUUUUAAGUUAAUUUCUGACGUUGGAAAGGACGAUAAUGAACUUCCAAUCCUGACUCUAAAGGCAACAUGGACAGGAAGUACUUUAAGUGCCUAGAAAACAAAUGAAAAUUUGAAAAUCUACUGUGCAAGACAAAAGCUCCAGAGCAGCGACGAGAUAGACCUCACAGUGAGUGUGUUUGGUCAGUUAACAGCAAAUGUUUGUAAACAACAUUCAGUGAGGUAGUUUUAUUUAAUUAAAAAAAAAUUGGUCCCAUUGUAAGUGAACAGUUGGUUUUAGUGAUAAAGACUCGCUGCUGUUCAAGUAGAAGAAAAACAAACAUGGUAGUAUUUUGAGUGAACUGACCCUUUAAGGGUUAAACUGCAGCAUUGUAAUACAUGCUACACAAGGAGCCAUAGCAAACAGCGUUACCUCAACGUUGUCUGCAACAUUAUAGUUGUUAUUUAGUUGCCAAAUGUUGCUGAGGUCACAACAUUUCUCUUUUGUGUUGGCAGUUUUUAACAUCUUCAAUCAGAGAAAUGGACAUUCUGUUAAAACACGUUGAUCACCUGCUUGUUUACAAAGAUGAACGAUGUCACUUGUUUAUAUUUACAAAAUGCCACACAAACAACGGAAUCAAGGCCAUAUCUUGUUUUUAAUUGUGGACUGAAUUUGCUGACCCUGCUUAAAAAUAUACCAAUUAAAAAAAAGAUACUGUUUUAAUGA